AGAGAGCUAGCAAUUAUUAGUUAAUUAAACAUGAACGCUGUUAGUUCAAGAGAUGAUGAGAGCGCAACCAUCACCGACUCCCCGGAGAAGAUGAUCAUGAUCAUGAGCGCCGGCGGCGGCAACACCACCACCACCACGACGGAGGUCCAAUCCCAGCGCCGGACAAAGCUUACACCUUCGAGAUUCAAAGGUGUUGUUCCCCAGCCUAAUGGAAGAUGGGGUUCACAAAUUUACGAAAAACACCAAAGAGUUUGGCUCGGCACUUUCAAUUGCGAAGACGAGGCCGCACGCGCUUACGACGUGGCCGCAAGACGCUACCGUGGCCUCGACGCCAUCACCAAUUUCAAGACAGUUAGUUCAUCGGAGGAGGCUGAAUUCCUCGGGUCCCAUUCGAAGGCGGAAAUCGUGGACAUGUUAAGGAAACAUACUUACAAGGAUGAACUCGAACAACAAAUUAGCCGUCGGCGCCAAUUAAUAAUAAUUAAUCAUCAUCAUCAUCGGAUUAUUAAUAGUAGUGAUCAUGACGACAACAAAUUACAAACGGAAGUGCUUUUCGAGAAAACCGUGACACCUAGCGACGUGGGAAAGUUGAACCGGUUAGUGAUUCCUAAACAGCAUGCGGAGAAGUAUUUCCCUAUCUCUGGGCGGUCGAAUAAGAACGUUGUGCUUAUGAAUUUGAAGGAUAGGGCAGGGCCAGGUAAAGUGUGGAGAUUUCGAUAUUCGUAUUGGAAUAGUAGCCAAAGCUACGUUUUGACAAAGGGGUGGAGUCGAUUCGUUAAAGAGAAAGGUUUGAACGCAGGCGAUAUCGUGAGCUUUCAUCGAUCCGUUAAUUCGGCCGACAAACAAUUGUAUGUUGAUCAUUUGAAGAUCAUUCAGGCAGCAGCCGGAGUUAUCGAGGAGGAGGAGAAGGCGCGAGUUGUGAGGCUUUUUGGGGUUAACAUAUUCAAAGUUCCGUCAACAACCAAUAUAAUUAGUACUAAUUGUGUGGAUAAUAAUAAUAAUAAUAUUGGAUCAAAGAGGAAGAAAUUAGAGAUGAUGGAGAACAUAAUCAUGACAUGGGACAGUACCAAGAAACAACGAGUAAUUGACGUUGUCUAA